GUCAGAGGUGUCACCCAGAACAUAUGUUUACGCUUGUUCCUUGUUCCGUGGAAGGCCUAGCCACGGCUUGGUGUUGUUUCGGGUGCUAGUGAAGUAUACAAUGCUCAGUUUGAGCAUAUUUGCUUUUCUUCUACUUUCGGCUACGGUAGCAGCGGAUUACGAGGAUAGCUACAAUUGCAAUUCCGAGAAAAAGGAGUGUAUAUUGGCGAAUUUUAACUUCAAGACUUGCGAUGAAGUUGAAAGUACUGUUAUCAAUGGCGGAUCUACGCCGUUCUUGGAUAUCGAAUUUGUGCACUCAUCGUUUCCAACAAUACCACCAUCACUUUUCCGGGACAAUGACAACGUGCGCUCAUUAAGUGUGAAAGAAUGCGAAAUUCGUGCGGUUGACCAAAAUACGUUCAAUAAUGCUAGAAAGCUGAAGUUUCUCAAAAUUCAAAAGAAUCGACUAACCAAACUGUACAAUUACAUGUUCGAACAUACGAAGUUAACCAAAGCCAAUUUUGGAAGUAACCAGAUCAGUGAAGUGGAAGAAUUCACUUUCAAAGGUUGUAGUGAACUGGAAUCUCUGAAUUUAGCUGAAAACCGAAUUAGCGUGUUACCAAAAAAAAUAUUUGCGAAUUUAAGUCGAUUAAAAGAUUUGAACCUGGCCAACAAUCAACUUGUGGCCUUGGAAGGUGAUUUAUUUAAAAGUAUGACGGAAUUAGAAAAGCUAAAUUUAAACGGCAAUUUCAUACAGGUUUUGAAACCGAACACUUUUAAUGGGCUGGCAAGAUUGAGGACUCUGCAGAUGAAAGGAAAUGAGAUUUGUACAAUUCAACCACAGCCAUUUUUCCCACUGAUUGGUUUAGUGGAGCUGGAUUUAGAAGAUAAUAACAUAAAGCUCGUCGACCAGGGGACCUUCUCCAAACAGAUUAGUCUAAAAGUUUUGGUGCUUACUGACAACUACAUCGAAAAAUUGGACAAUGACACUUUCAGUCUCAACGUGCUGCUGGAAACUCUUGUUUUAAACAAUAACUCCAUCGAGCUUCUUACACCGGAACUGUUUUCAAAGCUUCCUCGGCUGCAACAGUUUUCAAUGCAGUUUAACGAGUUGAGCACUCUUGCAGAUAAUUCGUUUGCAAACAACACCAAAUUAGAUACACUUAAUUUUGAGGGUAAUGUUAUCAGUGAAAUUUCGCCACUGGCAUUUGCUAAUUUGAAGAGCCUAAAAGUUUUAAACCUAGAUGAUAACAACAUUGCUUCACUGGAAGGAAAUAUUUUCAAAGAUUUGGGUAAUUUGGAAAAGCUGUCGAUAAACAAUAACCUGUUGCAGGAGCUAACAGCGGGCACCUUUCGAGGUGCAAAAAGUUUAAGAAAACUCUAUCUUAAAGAUAAUCUCAUCAAAUCGAUGGAAGAGAUGGCUUUUGCUCAUAUACCACAAUUGAGAAGUCUUUUCCUAGACGAUAAUAUGAUAACAACAAUGCCACGCAAUCUUUUUGUGCAUUUGAAAAAGUUGAUGGAGCUGUCUUUGGUUGACAACAGCUUGCAAAACUUGGACGAUGCUGUGUUCCAAUCGUUCUCCGAUACUUUGGUUGAGUUGUAUCUCGGAAAUAAUAAGUUGACUACGAUUUCGUUGCCGACGCUCAGUCUCAAAGCACUAAAACAUUUGGAUUUAUCAGAUAACUACUUGAAACAACUACCAAGUAACAUAUUUCAUCAUCUGAAAUGUCUACAAUCUUUGAAUCUGAAUGAUAACAUGUUGAUGGCCAUACCAAGUGCUCUAGAAGAAGUUGAUGAUAUAAAGGAGCUUGAUUUGGCAGGAAAUAAGAUAUCUAAAGUUGAUGUUAAAGUUUUUAGGUUUUUAUCGAAUCUCAAGGAGCUACAUCUAUCCGAGAACAAUUUAACGAAUAUUCUCCAGGAGAGUUUUGCAGGUUUAUCAACUGUUAAGCAUUUGUAUUUGGAUGGAAAUAGAAUACGAGGUAUAUCUGAAGAAGCAUUCGUUAAAAACAAGUAUUUGAAGACCGUGGAUCUCAGUAACAAUCAGAUCGCACUUUUGAAUCCAAACACGUUUAAAGGAUUACGUAACUUAGAGAACCUAGAUAUAAGUGACAAUCCUUUGGUCAAAUUGAACGCAAAUAUUUUCCGUGAACUGCCAAGGCUAGAGUCGGUUUCACUGGAAAAUGUUGGCGUAACUUCCUUGCCAGAAAGUUUGUUUCUCAAUCUUGCUUCGCUAGAGAAACUUGAUCUGGAUUCUAACCAGCUGACGAAGGUGAAUGAUAUGACGUUCAAAGGACUUGAAAGCGUGGAGGAUCUAUAUUUGAACUUCAACCCCUUGAAGGACGUUUCUCCUACUUCACUUCAUCAAUCGGGAAAUCUAAAAAUUCUUAGUAUAGGACCCAGUGAGCUUGACAGUUUAGAUGACAAUUUUCUUAGCUAUGCCCUUCGAUUGGAAGAAUUAUAUUUACAUGGGAUGAAAUUUUCCUCACUCUCCAGUAACUUCUUUCAAUUUAAUGAUCAACUGAAAGUGUUAUCGAUUAACAAUAAUCACAAAUUGACUUCCAUCGAGAAUAAUUGGUUUACUAACUUGCCGAAUCUUCGUUUGCUCAAUUUGGUUAACAAUAGCAUUAGCAGCUUUCGAGCUGGUGUUUUUGAUCCACUGAAGGUUCUAGAAAGCUUGUUUCUAUCAGGAAAUUCCGUCAAAAAGUUAGAUGAAAAGCUAUUCUUCAACCUGUCGGAACUAGAAAGAUUGGAACUAGCUGCUAUGUCACUGUCAUUUUUACCAGUGAAAAUAUUUGACAACCUGCUGAAGUUGGAAGCACUUAAUCUGGAUCGAAACCAAUUGAGUUCACUUGACAAUCGGAUUUUUGAAAAUCUGUUUUCUUUGGAAAUGCUUUCUCUGGCCCAUAAUAGAAUUAGUUCGUUAAGUCCAAAAUUAUUUCAAACAUUGCGGAAUCUGAUCAAGGUCGACUUAGGGGAUAAUCUACUAGAAACCAUCGAGCCAAAUCUUUUCAAUGAUUGUUUAAACCUUGAAAUAUUACGUUUAGCUAAUAACAAAUUUUCGGUAUUUGAUUUGUCACAAAUGAGUUUCGCUAAAACUCUAGUGGAGUUAGAUUUAUCAUCGAACCUGAUUACAACACUCAAAAUAACUGAAGACCUCUGCACCUUAUAUGCUGACAACAAUAAAAUCAGCAAGAUCGAUGUGGAACAGUCUGUUGCGUACAAUCUAAAUUUCCUAUCCGUCUCGAAGAACCGUAUGGUUGACAUAAGUUCAAUUUUGCGCUUCAACAAUUUGCAUUCACUAAAUAUUUCCCAUAAUUCUUUCCUCCAGUUAGAUUUGGGUAAUCUAACAAACUCAUUGGAUGAUCUACGAGCGUUAAAUGUAUCUAACUGCAAGAUUUCGCAUUUCCUAGUUGAAAGAAUAACCACUCAGGAGUCGAUGGCGUACUUAGACAUAUCGAAUAAUAAACUGAUGGAUCUAGAUUUAGAAGUAUUUAGGCACUUCCCAGAGAUAGAGCUAUUUGCGUUCGGUGGUAAUAAAUUUAGAGAGUACGAUGCAAAUAAACUGAUAGAGAAUUUCAAAGAUUUAGAGAUAGUUGGUUUAGAAGGGACUGAAUGGGAGUGUUCAGUUCUGGAAAACUCUGUCAGCUUGUUCGACGAGUAUGAAAUUGGAUAUUGGAGUCAAGGAAAUCCAAAACGCUGCUCAGAUAAAAGAGUUCUAGGACUCUGCUGCAAAUAGAGAUUAAAAUUUAGAAAAUUUUAUAUUUGUUUAUCGCAAUUGAUUAAUUGUGUUUCUAUGAUUGAUUAUUGCUUCGAUACCUCGUGACAUCUAGUGCCGAGUAUAAAGUGGAAAUCCAAAUUUGUUACACUUUUCAAGUCUUUGAAGAACUACAAUCCUAUCCAGUAGUUUUGAUUUAUGAA